AUGAAUAACGUGUAUUUGUAUCUUUCUUCAACUGCUACCACUCGUAUCAUUGGCAUGAGUGCUACACUCGCCAAUAUAUCUGAACUAACUGGUUUUUUAAGCGCAGAAUUGUAUGUCAACAACUUUCGUCCUGUCAAGUUGGUUGAAUAUGUAAAAGUCGGUGAUCAUGUGUACGAGAUUACACCCAAGAAGUUUCCUACAUCUAACUCUGAAGAUAAUGAUAUUUCUGAUAGGAUGACUCAUCGUCGAAUGGUAGACUUUCAGCCCCUUAACAAAUUAAACCUUCAACAAUAUUUGCAAUUUACAAGUUCUGCUUUCCUUUUUGAGCUUUAUGACAAUACACCGAAUUUCGCAAUUCUACAACGGCAUGGGGUGAUUAUUCGAAAACCCUAUAUCGGUAGCUUAUUCUUAUCUGGUACACAAUAUCAACAAAUGGUUGGACGUGCUGGUCGAGCAGGUUUAGAUACUGUCGGUGAAAGUAUUACAAUAUUACAAACAAAUGAACUAAUACCAUUCGCCCAUAUGUUAUCUAGUAUACCUCAACCAUCAUUGGAUCCUAAGGAUGUUGAGGUGAAUAAUCAGUCAGUGGGUUUGUGCAAUAGUAGUUUGUUGUAUGAGAAUGGGAAGGGUUUACGACAACUUAUACUCUCACCGAUUGGUCUAUUUUCUUAUUUUUUGAUUACAGCUUGA